AUGAAGGGGUGGUUCGACGCGUUCCGCGAGGAAGGCGGGCCGACCCUGUACGCUUACCACAACCGGACGGCAGUCGCGGCGGACGUGCCCGCGCUCGCGCUGCUGCUGGCUGCGCUCACGCUCUACCUCGCCUUCCUCGCCAUCUUCCCCGGCAUCAGGAAAGAGCACUGUCACUCCGCUUACCACGACCGGACGGCAGUCGCGGCGGACGUGCCCGCGCUCGCGCUGCUGCUGGCUGCGCUCACGCUCUACCUCGCCUUCCUCGCCAUCUUCCCCGGCAUCAGGAAAGAGCACUGUCACUCCGCUUACCACGACCGGACGGCAGUCGCGGCGGACGUGCCCGCGCUCGCGCUGCUGCUGGCUGCGCUCACGCUCUACCUCGCCUUCCUCGCCAUCUUCCCCGGCAUCAGGAAAGAGAGAUUCUCCACCUUUACAAUAGUCACUCUGAGCCUCUUCGUGGGCACUGUAAUUUUAGUGUGCGAGCAUGGGUCGUCGUGGCACGUGGCGGGGGCGCGCGUGGCCCGCGCAGCCUACCGAGCAUUCUCCUCCGAGCGGCUCGACUGCUGGCUCGCGGUCCACGUGGGGCUCGGACACGUCAAUGUCACUCUCACCGCCUUAUCAUGGGGAAACACGUCGAUAGGUGAUCCUGGAGUUGACUACAACGAACAGUUCCGAUGGGAAGAAGCUGGUGCCAUGCAGGAGUGGUACCGCGCCGGCCUGACCCGCGGCCUGCCAUACCCUGUGCUGUCCGUCGCAGAACACUUCGCUGUGCAACACGAGGGCUUCGAGUGGGGCGCCAAGUAUCGAGCUGCAGGAUAUACUACCUCGACUCUUCUCUGGACAGCAUUAGCACUAUGGCUACUGAUGAACCUACUCCUCGUGGUGGUGCCGCGAUACGGUGCGUAUGCGAUGGCGAUGCUCGGAGUGACCCUAUGCGCGGCCGCAGGCGGCUACUGGGCGUCGCUCCCUCACGCGCCUCUCACGGUCAGACUCGACGGAGCCAUGCUGUUCUUCUCCCUUGGCUGGUGCUUUUGGCUAGUCCUCAUUGCAGGUUGCAUCUGCGUGGUGGUGGGACUGCUGAUAGCAGCGCUGGACUUGGCAUGGCCUCACCGAUUCUCAACAGUGCUCGAAGUAGAUUACGACACGCCGUAUGACAGACAUGUGCUGAUCGUCGACAGUCGGCAAAGAGCACGACCUCAAACACAAAGUUCACUACCGUCUAGGAUUCUAAGGAGGCUAUCGUCAAAAACCAAGGAUACCGAGGGUCACGUAUCUAUGUCGGUAGUUAGUGAGAAUGAAAGGGGUAGAGACAACCCGGCAUUCCAACACGAGCAGAGGAAACCAAACUCGCCGUGGAGGUAUCCUUUGUUCAGGCGGCAGAUAGACAGAGCGGAUUCAGCUUCAAGUCUAGGAUCUAGUAUCAACGGACAUAGCACCGCCAUCAGGAUGUCGCCGUUAGCGACCAGCCCUACAGGCUCGUCGCCCGCCAUACCGCCUCACAGAUUCCGUCCGCAAAUACCAGCAGCGGAAAGAGUAAAGGAUAUGUGGUGAUUGAAUAUGACCGACAUGUAGUAUUAUAUUAGUAAUUUAUCGAACUGCGUAGUGCCACAAGUGAUUGAUUGUAAACUUAAACCUACUGAUCUCCAUGAAGGACACUUAAAUGUGACUGGUUUAUUUGUAUUAUAAAUAGGACAGAAAAUAGGCAAUGUUUCUGUAGCGUAGUUAGGUAAUUUAAAAUAUUAAAAAUGUAUAAAAUUGUAAAUAUGUAAAUCUUAGUUAGAAUUUAAAUAAUAAUACGUUGUAACGAAUCCGUCCAGUGUCAUAAAUUUAAAAUUUCUGUAAUAUUACAUAAUAUAUUAUUGUCUAAAACUAUUUUAUAUUACCUCGUUUAUUAAAAAAAAAUACUAUGUUUAAUUAUACUAUACUUUCAUAACGUCGUAAAAUAAUAAAAUAAUUAAAUACUAAAUCAAGACACAAGUGAAUACUUUGUGCCAUCUAAAUAAUUCCUACUUACAUAAAACUAGAAAUACUUAUUUACGCGUCACUUAAAACAAAAGAAAAUUGAAAUUUAAUUGAACUGUUUGAGAAGUACUCACUAAAAUUACUAUUCAUUCGUUAUAAUCCUGAUGACAAACUCGAACACUAAAAAGUCAUUUAGAAUAAUAAUUUAGGUUAAGUUAUUUAUUUUCUAAUGUUUCUUGACAAUUUGGUUGACCGUACGGCGAAUUGUGAUAUUAAAGAAUUGCGUUUGUACCUUUUCGUGUAAUUAUUUCAACAAUGCUAUAUUUAUAUGUCAUAUUAAGAUAAGCCUAACAUCACAGGUCAUUUUCAAUGUUGUGAAAAUAUGUUUGCAACAGUGAAUGUGUAUUGUACCUAGUAUUUUAAUGUGAAAAUGAGAAUAUCAACGAGAAAUGUGUGCUGUCGUUUGUAUUUAUUGUGAUUGAGGAAAAAAUAAUACAGAUGUUACAAA